UAGUCGCUUUCAGGAAGACCGCUAACGCCAAGAGUGCAAUCUUUCCCCAAGCGCAUUUCCAUGGAUAAGUGCUUGCACCACGGCAUAUCACACUGACUAAACACCGACGUUCAUUAUGAACACCUCGUCGGCUCAGACAUUACAGCAUGGAACUCAGCGUGCGCGGCGACCAGUUAGACGCUUGCGCCCAAGCGACAUCAUCUGGGCUAUCUGUUUCAGCCUCUGUGCGCUCGUCCUUCUCUUCUACGGCUGGCACCUACGCACACGUGACUUCACCCUUACAUCCAGUCAAGAAAAAGUCAACGACCAGUUAGACUCGAAGUCGGGGGCUGAAGAAGGUGUGAGGCCACCGUCGUACCUCAAUGCGCCCAUCCUCGUGUCGUAUGCCUACUACGAAAAAGACCCCAUACAGCGAGCAAACUUUGAGUUCUUCUUGCAGCAGGGCUGGGUGGCGCCGCCACUUAGCCACACCAGCAGACGUAACAAAGGCAGUGGCAGCAGCAGGACAGGCAGUAGUCGUACCAGGGGCGCCAGCAGCAGUAGCAGUUGCGGCGGUAGCGGCUCCCCUCCACUGAUUACGUGGGUGUUUGUGGUGGCUGGAGAGGCCUGCUCGCCUUGCUCCGGGACGUUUCCCAUCACCGCCCCUCUACCUGCGGAUCCCGACAUCGGUGUCGUAAAGGCCACUCGUAUCGUACGAUCCGUUGAAGAUCCUGGACAAGAAGAUCGCAUUGACGACGACAAUGACAACGACGCUACAUCUGGCGGCGGAACCGACCCACGGGUCAUCAGCCAUCCCCGCCAUCAUCCCCACCACCAACACGCCAAACAGAACAACAACCAGCAGCAACAGCAACAACAGCAACAGUACGGCAGUAGCGAAAAAAUCAAUAGCAAGCAAGCCGGUAUCAGCAGCACUAGCAGUGUCGUAACUGACGGUUGUCCGGGUGCUGGUCCAACUUACCUGUUAUGGCGGAGCGAGAAUGUUGGUAUGGAUUUUGCCAGCCACAAUGUAACCCUGGAGUACUUGAUGCGGCACGGGGAAGGACUCAGCCGCUACCGCUACAUCUUCCUGCUCAACAGCUCGGUCCGCGGGCCGCUGUUCCCCGCCUACCUUCCCCCCUGGUGGCACUGGAGCCACGCCUUCCUGGAGCGCUUCCAGCCCCUGCCGCAGGACGACCCCCGCUGGGCCCCACCGCCCUCCCUAAGGGUGCUCCCUCCCGGCGUAUCCUACCUGCCCCGGGCUGCCAGCAGCAACGCCUCAGGCCCCUCAUCCGCUGCUGCUGGCGAUGACGGGUCGCUCGCGGGUCAUCACCGACCCAUGGGUCCGCCGGUGGUGCGGGCAGUGGGCUCCUCACUGGUCUGCCUGCCGGAGGCGGAUGCAGGCGGUCCCGGCCCCCGUCUCGAGUCCUGGGCGGUGGCCCUAGACCAGGAGGCCCUCCAGCUGGCGAUGAAGCGUGGCGUGUUUCGGAUCCGCACAUGCAAGACCUGCGAGGACGAGCAGGAGGGUAUCGUCGUGGGAGGCGAGUACGGCCUAACCGCCGUACUGCUGGAGGCCGGCUACAAUGUUGCAACGCUGAUGUCCAAGUACGCGCGGAAUGUUGACUGGAGGGACCGAAGACACUGGGGCUGCAACGACAUGGUCCAUCCCUCAAGGCACGGCACGUACGACGGCAUUGGAUUUCAUCCGUACGAAACGAUCUUUGUCAAAUCCAGCUGGCACGUGGCUGAUCCGUACACUCGGCGCUACAGCACCUGGGUUACUCAGCACAAGGAGGGAGACGCGGGCACGGACGGAGAGUGGAACGAGAAGCUCUACCGAUAUGCCAUCAGCCCUCGCGCGCAGCAGCCCAACCUGCUUGAGGCCGCAUACAAUGUGGAGAGGGUGCAACAGCUCAUGGCAAAACAGCGGGAGGCAGAGGCAGAGGCGCUUGAGGAGGAGCAGCGCGCGGCGAGGGAGCGGGCAAUGGCAAUUAAUAACGAGUGAAUGACCCAUGGGUCGUUAGACUGACCUUACUACCGGCCGGCCGGCCGGUGCCUUGGCCUGAUCCGGCUGGCCUCCGGCUGGAUUAGAUCUUUCUAGAUGGUCAGGACGUGUGUUCUCAGGCCUCCUAUAGGUAGGGCCCUCCACAUGUGUGGUAACAACACACAUCACAUUGAGUGAAGGAGAAGCGUGUAACAAGUCAUCAUGUGGGAUGUGCUUCUGUUGCGGUGUGUGUGGGUCCUGAGUCGUGAGUAGUGACGUACGGGCGACAGCUCGUGAGGGGUGUGAUGUGGUGUGUGUGUGAAUGAAGGUAAUGAAAGAGAUGGACGAUGAAGGAAAUGUAAGCAGCGUUAUUGGCAG